AUGGACCAUAUCCCGUCACUACCUGCAUCGCACAAUGGUAAUACGGAGCUCCUGGUCUGGGUAGAUCUCUUCACAGGUUUUGUGAUCGCGAAGACAAGCGCGUCUCGAACGGCCCAAACCAUGGCGGAAUCGUACGAGGAAGCUGUCUUCAGACAAUUUGGCGCCAGCGAAGCGAUUCGUCACGACCGCGAGCCCGGUUUCAUGUCGGAUUUUUUCAGGGCCUUCAACAAGAUGAUGGGCCAGCGGCAACGCGCGACGCUCGCGUACCGUCCGCAAGCGAACGGAGCGGCAGAACGCAUGGUGCAGACCAUUACGAGGGUCAUCAAGAUGUACAUUGCCGAUAUAGAUCAACGCGACUGGGACCAAUACGCGGAACGACUUACGUACGCGCUUAACACAGCUUACAAUCGAAUGAGGAAUGAGACCCCGUUUCUUCGUGUGCACGGCUGA